AUGAAGACGAAUGUUCGCGCAGGGGUCGAUGCCGCCAAAAACGGCGACGGGGCGGACAAAGAAGAAGACAACAGAGAAGAAGAAGAAGAACUCGUAAAAGAAAACGCGAGACGCCGCGCAGCGCUCGAAACCACGGUGGCGAAAUUCACCGACGAUGCGGUUCCCUCGAUGACUGUUCGAGAGGUUUUGAACGUCAUCAACAACCAAGAAGAGAACGCGAAACGAACAGUUUUGUUUUUGGACUGCCGAGAGAAAGAGGAAAGAGCGGUGUCGAUUAUACCGGGCGCGUCUUCGGCGGAGGAGUUCGAGGACGACUUUGAAAAACAACAGGACGACGGUAAAGAAACGAUCGUGGUGUGUUACUGCACGAUCGGCUACCGGUCCCAAAAGAAAGUCCAAGAGCUCUCGAAAAGACUCGCCCGGAGUCGUCCGGAUGUGAAAGCGUACAACUUAUCCGGCUCUAUCGUCGCUUGGACGCACGAAACGGACGCACCAAAAUUGCUCGACCCGAAAACACGGAAGGAAACUAACCGCGUGCACACGUACGGGAAAACCUGGGCGUUGCAAAGCGUCGAGUACGAAAGCGUGGUAUACAAACGUCCGGUUUUCGAAGCCGUUAAAGGGUUCUUCUUUAAGAAGAAGAAAAAGUAG